GUCUAUGCGAUCACUAUACAUCACACCAUUGUAUGCAUUGGUCGAUACAGCAAGGAUAAUUGUACACUGAUAAGAUAGUAUUAAAAAUACGGGGCACAUUCAGCACAACUACAGACCAUGUCAUCGUCUGAAUUAGUCAACCCUCUGAUAGUGCGUGCACUCACUGUGCAAGAGUUCACAGCAGCACGCAGCGCCGAGAUACACUCCCUCGUCAACGCCAGCAAGGCUCAAGAGCCUCGCAAUACGAAGCAUAUACGCCGUCGAGCGGUCAGUCACAACCCACGCCAACGGCAGGUGUCCAAACAGCAACUACAGAAGCAGUGUCAUGCAAACAUACACACGGGCAUGAGCGUGUCCAGGGGGGUGGACGGUAUGGGAACCUCACCUCCAUUGCAAGAAUAUAGGGGAGAUGUUAUAGACACACAUAAUAACGUAUACGUCACAGCGGAAACUGGCAACCAGCCUCCUCAGCCGUGUCGACGCGCGCGGCGCAGACCUUGCCGCUUGCUGAGCACUCCCGGCACAGACCAGGCCACGAAUGAGAGAGUGAGACGGUUAGAGACACACCUGUGGCAUGCUAAACGCAUGCACAUGAGUACCAAAUGGGGGUGUUACAUCGCAGACACAAAUGCACACAGGGGCGAGAGAGCGGCGCAGAAGGAUGUGCUGGCGCAUUGUGCUGUGCACGAUGCGUCGUACCUGCGGUGUUUGGAGGUGGGUGGCUGUGUGUGUGAGCUGGGUCGGUUGUUCGUGUCCACGCCCAAGGCAUCGGACCGGGGUGCGGGGGAGGAUGGCAGGGGUAGACUAUACACGACCACGAGUGUAACAGCCGCAGCGUACAGCAAUACGUUAGCCGAGGGCCAUACUACAUUGUAUGAUGAGACGGGACGCCGAUGGGAUGUUAGCUUCGCCUGGAAGGCUACGGUGAGUGGUGUGCUGCCGGGGGCAGGGGGUGUGACUCCAGCAUGCUCACACAGGCGCAAUGGCGUGUGGUUAUGGAUACACCCACGAGACUAUGACGAACUGUAUAGUGUGAUCAAGGAGGCUGUCAACUCUAACCCACUCCUCGCUGCGGCAUUGGUGGUGACGGAUUGGUCGGCUGAGGUAGGUAGAAUAUCCUUAUAUGGACCGAAUGCCGCGCAGAUCCUGGCGUCUGUACUUCACGCGGAUAGUCUCACUGGCUCGCACACGACUGAAGAUACUAGAAGCACUCAAGCGCUGAUGAAGACUCUACAGAGCAAGACAGACCAGUCCAUCACCCCGUUAAACGUGGUUGAUCCCCGUUUCUAUCGUCACGCCGCCGAAGCCCCAGACACCAGCUGUGCGAAUACGUUAGAACGGGAAACGAAGUUCGGUACCGAUACAGUAUCGGCCCUGGUAGAAUCUUCGGGAGUGUCCCUGUUUGAUGAUGCGUGUCGCCGGAAGGCAAGCGAGUGUAAAGUGUCCGAUAAAAGUUUUAACGCCGCACGCUCGCGGUUUGCUAUUGACCGCUACAGGACGUUACGAGAGCAUAUCGCGAUUGCGAAGAAAGGUGGACUACAGACCGACAUCUACGCUGAGACGCUGCCUGUGUUGGUCGUAAAGCGUGGGGGUGUGCUGAGAUCACCCGCCUGUCGCACGAGAGGAGCCAAACGCAACAAGGGAUAUGGGGCAGGGUUUGAUCUGAUAUAUCCCAGUGGCUAUGGCAUGCCGUUUUGGAUGGCUCUGAUCUACUCAGGCGCACACGCCUUUGGACAGGACCUUCUGAGGCGUUUGUGCUUGGAACGGGAUCUGUGUGUGUUGACACCAUUCAAUCUGACACAUGACACCAUCCUCACACACUGCGAGAGGGCAAUGACCACCUCAGAACACCUGAAAGCUGGUGACUGUAGUAUGACCGACCGGAGUGACGGUGCCACACCCAGGUGGCGUAUCGUAGCAACGGUAUCCAAGUUACAACUGGCCAAUGCCUGCGUGCAACAGGGGUGUCUGCCUGCGCUUAAGCUUGCCUCUGGUCUGAAGACCGUCGAGGGAUGUGUGGAGAGUGGAGAUGUGGUGGUUGUUGCUGUGGAUAUGAUGCACAAGGGCAGCCCGAAGGCUGACUACCUGGUCUACGCACCCUCAGCCGCCGACUACGCAGCCUACACACAGAACCGUAAGAGCUGCACGUUUGCUGCCAACAAAGCUCUCUCCACAGCACCUCGUCAGGUCAUGGGUGUAGUGGCCAUGGGAGGUUACAGCUAUCUGCGUGCGUGUGGGUCUGGCAUUGCAUACAUAAGCCUGGAGAGGCUUGAGACAUGGGGAGUGGAAGGUGGUGCGUAUACGUUUCCCGCGUUCGUCCUGGUGGGCGAGGGUGGGGGACGUUCACCGUUACGCCCGGCUUAUGUAUCUGUGAUCAUGACAGCGCAUGGGAGUACGUUGACGUAGACGACGUUAACGUUUAGAAGUACACUGACGUUGAGAAAUGAACAGACGUUUAGAAGUAAACAGACGUUUUGAUGUAAACAGACGUUAAGACGUAAACAGGCACUUAGACGCAAACGGACGUUAGAAGUGAAUAGCCG